UUUCGGUCGCCAGCUUUACUAGACUAGAUACCGCUCAGGAAUCAGCGGAAACUGCCUUGUGACGUCACUUUUCUGGCCGAGUUUUAAUAUCUCAAUUUACCUACAGUAUUACGGCCGCGCGAAAGUCAAUAUGGCUGCUCCCAUCGUCUCGCUUCCCGCCUUGCGCACAAAACCAAAGGCGAUCUUCUUCACUGAUUUCGAUGGAACAAUCACUCUCCAGGACAGCAACGACUGGUUGACGGACAACCUAGGCUUUGGUGUUGAACUUCGGCGGCAGGGAAACAAGGACGUUCUCCACAACGGCCGUCCUUUCCGGGAUGCUUUUCAGGAGAUGCUCGACAGUGUUACCAAGCCCUUCGAUCAAUGCCUUCAGCUUUUGCUCGAAAAUGUCAAAUUAGACCCUGCAUUCAAAGAGUUUGCAGCUUGGUGCCGAGAAAACAAUGUGCCCAUUGUCGUGCUGAGUGGCGGUAUGCAACCCAUCAUCAGAGCUCUCCUUGCUCACCUGGUAGGUGAGGAGGAGGCUGCUGUCAUGCAAAUUGUGAGCAACGACGUGAAGCCUCGCCCCGGCAAGAGCAUCAAUGAUGAGAAUGGGUGGGACAUCCAAUACCACGACGAGAGCUCAUUCGGCCACGACAAGAGCCUCGAGAUCCGGCCUUAUGCUGCUCUUCAGGAUAGACCUGUCAUGUUCUACGCCGGAGAUGGUGUUUCUGACCUCUCUGCCGCCAAAGAGACAGACUUGCUGUUUGCCAAGGCCGGCCGAGAUCUCGUCACCUACUGUGAAAAGGAAAACGUUCCUUUCACCGUGUUCAAUGAUUUCUCUGAUAUACACAAAGUCGUCGCGGACGUUGUCGGGGGCAAGAUCAGCGUCCAACAAGCCGCGACCGGUACAAAAUAGAGAUAGAAGCGAUGGGUCAGCCCGGGAACUGCAUACGUGAGUUGUCGAACAUUAGACCAUGACAUAGAUGGUUAUAAAUGGUACCAGGCUAUUGCAUCAGACUUUAGAUAGACGAUAGAUUUCU